ACUUAGGAGGCAAGGUACAGAUUACUGUAUUGGCCGAUCACACUCCCGAAAUUCGUUAAGCAGUAGGAACCCAACGUUGUUUUAACUCGGAAUUUAUUGAUAAAAGCGGCUCAAUCGACAAUCUGACAAUGGCAGGUAGCUACUAUUUUGUAAUUGUUGGUCAUCAUGACAACCCAGUUUUUGAGAUGGAAUACAGCUCUCAACAGAAGGGAGCCGAUACUCCAAAGAAAGAUGACCAUCGUCAUUUGAAUCAGUUCAUUGCCCAUGCAGCACUGGAUCUUGUUGAUGAGCACAUGUGGGGAACAAGCAACAUGUAUCUGAAGAUUGUGGACAAGUUCAAUGAGUGGUUCGUCUCUGCCUUUGUCACCGCUGGACGAAUCCGCUUCAUUGUGCUCCAUGACAACAAGAACGAAGAUGGCAUCAAGAAUUUUUUCUCGGAAGUCCAUGAAAUUUUCAUCAAGUAUUCCAUGAACCCAUUCUACGAACCCAGUACCCCCAUCAAGUCCACCGCAUUUGAGAAACGGGUCCAACACCUUGCCAAAAGGUUUCUGUCUUCAUAACGAGCAAUGAGUCCCUUCUCGUAAUUUCAAGACUCCUGACAGUACAAUAUGUCUCAGCAGGCCACACGAACAUUGGGCAGUGCACAUCGGCCUGAGUUCCUGUGCGACAGUCCUCAGAGUCCCAGACAGCAAUUCGGUGUGCUGAGAUCCACUUCAUGGUGCAGCAGAUUUGUAAAUCUGUCAGGCAUCAGUAAGAUCUGGAAUACAGUGCAGUUUUAAACAGUGUUACUGUUGCACUUUGUGCACAAGGACAAUAUUAAUGGUGAAAGAAGGAGAUGCUGCAGUCUUGAGCACCACUGCUGCUGUAUUUCAGAGGCCAAGAUUUAUACAGGUGUGUGCAGUACAGAAAUAGGCUAAACAGAAACCGGUAACUGGACGAAGUGCCAUAACAAGUGUAUCAUUUGAGACUGGUUCUCUGCUAGUUUCUGAAUUGGGCCCAGGUGUACUACUGGACUGUGCCCAUUCCGAUGAAAAUUCCCCCUGAGAAGUCCAUACCGCAUGCACACUGAAUCAGUGUAUUCCAUAUGCUGGCCGUCUUGAGCUGAUUGCCCAGCACUGUUUCCCGUUUACUGCAUGGAGACCAUGAUACAGUCUCACAUAUUAGGGGCAACAAUUUGACUUUAUCUCGACUAUUAGCUUUUUCAUUGUCUAUGUCACUAAAGGAAUGCUAUAUCUAAACGUAUCUUUUGCCGAAGUCCGCCAUGAUCACUGUCCUUCAGUGACCGACCAUCGAGGCAGAGUGGCCUUUGGAUGGCAAUGUUUACAAAUUUCAGGCUAUCUGGGAUAAUUGCAGUAAUCAUACUUUUUCCGUGCUUGUACAGAUCUACUCCACUAGGUUAUGAUUUUUUAUGAAUUAUUUUUUACAUAUGUAUCAUAGAGGAUGAAUUUUGGGUAAUGGUGAUAUUCUGUAAUUUCUAGGCUUGUACAAGACAUUUUCAUGUGCUAUGUAUACCUGCAUUUGUUGUCAAAUUUGUGGAAUUCAUCUUAAUCAUCUUCAUCUUCUUUUAAAUAUUUUUUCCAUUCUGCUUUCAAUCAAUUCUUCUCCCUCACGGAAUGGCAUAAAAUUAAUUUUGUUUGACAGUGUUUAAGAGCUUUAGUUUGUAAGAUUUAAGAAAUUUAUAUAUAUGUUUAUUAACAAUUAGAAAACAUGUUAAUAAAUAAUCAGAAAAAAUUCAAUUACUUUGUGAGUUCAUUUAUAAAGCAAUACCUUCCAGGUUACAGUUAAUAUGAAUAACUCCAUGUUCCAAUUUUUUUAAAGGGGCUAUGAUACAGUGCAGCUUUCUGUUCUAAAGAUUCUGAAAUGCAAGAAAACCGAAUUGUUUACUUACUUUCACUGAUAAACCUGCAUUUUCCAUGCUAUUCUUGACAAAAUAAUGAGGGUGGUGAAGACACUGUUCAGUUUAGGUUUCGUUCAAAUUGCGAGCUCGUGAAUUUGUAAGAAAAAUUAGCUCACAGGUCGACUAUCAUCAACUGAAAUUCGAAUUGAAUUGCUGAUAUUCUCAGCAAUUUGUGAAUAACGAGCAUUCCGUUAAGGAUUGCAUAUACGCACAAGUCUUAACUGGAACCACGUGUUGGAAGACGAAACUGAGUUCAGAGUUUAUUGGGCUUUUGGUUUCGUUGUCUUCCUCAAAGUAGCGCCCCCCCCCCACCGUGGUGUAGUCCUGAUUCACACACAACGAGAGGGCGUCAUCACAACGAACUGCUACUGCCACAUUAAGCAAAAUGUUUCGAAGC